CAGACGCACAGGCGGGCAUUGCCUCUCAGCGCAAUCGAAUAAUACUUCUUCAAUUUUUUUUUCUACUAUUUUUUCAAAGGAUUUAAUACUGAUUCGGAUAUCAGAACCUGUAUUGUAGCAUUUCCAUCAUGGAUGCCCUUUGUUCUCAUAACGCCCGGAACAUAGGCCCCAUCUCUGGUGUUUGUCUACGGCUGAUGCAGUUUCUCGUCCUGUUUGUCUUUGUUCUGACCGUUGCGCGCGGGCAGGUCCGUUACUCCAUUCCUGAGGAGAUGAAUAAGGGCUCUGUUGUGGGAAAUAUCGUUCAGGAUCUCGGUUUGGAUGUUAAAAGACUGAAAUCUGGUCGAGCGCGGAUCUUCACGGAGGACAGUCGUGAGUACAUCGGUCUAAAUGUGGAUAAAGGGACUCUGGUAGUGAGAGAGAGAAUAGAUAGAGAGCAGCUGUGCGCCCAGGUCACUCCAUGCUCCUUACACUUCCAGAUCAUUCUAGAAAACCCGAUGGAGCUGCAUAGAAUUGAUGUGGAAAUAUUAGAUAUUAAUGAUCAUGCUCCUGUUUUUGCAAGAAAGGAGAUUAACAUUGAUGUUGGUGAGCUAGCACUUCCUGGUGCUCGGUUUUCUCUAGAUAAUGCGCGUGACCCUGAUGUAGGUUUAAACGCAUUGCAGAGAUACACUCUUAAUCCAACAGAUCAUUUUACCUUAAAAGAAUUGUCGCGUAAUGAUGGAACAAAGUAUGUUCAGAUGGUACUUCAAACACCUUUAGACAGAGAGCAACAAGAAGAGCAUAAAUUAAUUCUGACAGCAUUUGAUGGAGGCUCUCCUCAGAAAUCUGGAACAGUUAAAAUAACCGUCAUUGUUAUUGAUGCGAACGACAAUCCUCCCGUGUUCAGUCAGCCAGUUUACCGAGUGUCUUUGCCAGAAAAUGCUCAGAAGGGCAGUAUAGUAGUGACUGUGCUUGCUACAGACAAAGAUAAAGGGCUUAAUGGUGAGGUUACAUAUUCGUUUCCAGAAAACACCGGAAUUGAGGACGUAGACUUGUUCAAUAUUGAUUCUAAUACUGGAGAAAUAAAAGUUAAUGGUCCAUUGGAUUAUGAAGCAUCCAAACAGUACGAGCUGAAUGUCGAAGCUAAAGAUAAGGGCGGACUAACUGAUACCAGUAAAGUGCUGGUUGAGAUCACUGAUGUUAAUGACAAUGCUCCUGUUAUCAGUGUUAUCUCUUUUUCCAAUCCCAUCCCAGAGGACUCCGCCCCGGAGACUGUUAUAGCGAUGCUCAAUAUUAAAGAUAUAGACUCCGGUAAAAACGGACAGAUUAAAUGUUCAGUGAAUUCAGAUUUACCAUUUCGCAUCAAAUCAUCCUCCUCUAAUUUCUAUAGUUUGGUCACCGAUCAGUAUUUAGAUCGUGAGAAGGUUUCAGAAUAUAAUAUAACAAUCAGAGCUACUGAUGAGGGCUCACCUUCAUUCUCUACUAAUAAAACACUGCAGCUUAAAAUAUCUGAUGUCAAUGACAACGCCCCUGUGUUCCAGCGUCAGUCUUACACCGCUUAUGUGAUGGAAAAUAACACACCUGGAGUGUCUAUAUUUGCAGUUACAGCAAGUGAUAAAGACUCUGGUAACAAUGCGCGCAUUUCAUAUUUUCUUGAGGAUGUUCUCGUUAAUGGAGUUUCAGCCUCCACUUAUAUUUCAGUUCAUGCAGAGAGCGGAGAGAUUCUGGCUGUUCGUUCUUUUGAUUACGAGCAAACAAAAGAGUUUAAUAUCCGCGUAAAAGCGCAGGACGGAGGAAACCCACCUCUCAGUAGCAAUGUGAGUGUGAAGAUCAUCAUUCAGGACCAGAACGACAACGCGCCUCAGGUUCUGUACCCAGUCCAGACUGGGGGCUCUGUGGUGGCUGAAAUGGUGCCUCGCUCAGCAGAUGUGGGCUAUCUUGUGACUAAAGUGGUGGCUGUUGAUGUGGACUCUGGACAGAAUGCCUGGCUCUCAUAUAAACUGCAGAAAGCCACAGACAGGGCGCUGUUUGAAGUGGGCGCACAGAAUGGAGAAAUAAGAACUGUGCGCCAAGUGACCGAUAAAGAUGCUGUGAAGCAGAAACUCACUGUUGUAGUGGAGGACAACGGGCAGCCCUCUCGUUCAGCUACGGUCAAUAUUAACGUGGCGGUGGCGGACAGUUUCCCUGAAGUGCUCUCGGAGUUCACUGACUUUACGCACGACAAGGAUUACAACGACAACCUGACUUUCUAUCUAGUCUUGGCCUUGGCUGUAGUUUCAUUUCUCUUUAUCGUCUCCAUCAUAGCCAUACUGUCAGUCAAAUGCUACAGAUGGAGACGUGAGCGGAUGUUUUACAAAUCAGGUGCCAAUCUGCCAGUUAUUCCAUAUUAUCCACCCCUUUACGCAGACGUAGGAGGGACGGGGACUUUACAGCAUGUGUAUAAUUAUGAGGUCUGCAGAACGACUGACUCCAGAAAGAGUGAUCUGAAAUAUGCCAGACCUUCCAGUGAGAGCAUCAUUAGCUUGGAUACCAGUGGAACACAAACACUCACGCAUGCGCAGAGGGGGAAACUGAUAAAUGACUCUGGGGAUCAGGUGAGAUAUAGUCAUUGAGGUCCUGAAUUAUGUUCAUUACUAUCUUUAAAGUACGUUAAACAUCUUUUCUUAUAACACUGCCAUAUUUUUCACAUAUAAAAGUCGUUCAUUUAUUCAUUUAUUGAUUUUAAUCUGAUGAAAU